AUGUCCGCUCAAUCGAUCGCCGACUCAGUCGAUCGAGUGGCCGCAGAGCGAUUCGGCGAAGAUCAGAACGACGUAUUCAGCACCGUCGUGCUGAGACCGUGGCAACAAGGACUUAUGGACGAGUUGUCAAGAAGACCGGACCCGCGCGCCGUCUACUGGUACCACGAGCCUCAUGGAAACGUAGGAAAGAGUUUCAUGGCGUCCUACCUUUCCAAGUCGUCGGACGAGAUCGUGUUCGACGGCUGCAAGAAGGGGACCGACGGCGCGUACGCUUACGACGGACACCGCAUCGUCGUCUUCGACCUGCAUCGCUCCCAGAAGAAACGCGUGAAUUACGAACUGAUGGAGAGGUUCAAGAACGGACGUCUCUUCAGCCCCAAGUACCACAGCAAGGUGAAGCUGUUCGCAGUGACUCACGUCGUUGUGUUCGCCAACUUUCCGCCCGACCUUCGCGCCAUGUCCGCCGACAGGUGGCGUAUCCGAAAGAUCGGCAGCGACGGCCACGAGUUGAACGUUUCGAAUCACGGCCGCUAG